GAUCCUGCAGGAGUAAGAGUCCAGGUGGAACAGUUCCGCGCUCACACACACGCUCGCUCGCUGCUUGUGGAUUUUUGGGGAACAGUGCGAAAGGAUUUACUUUCCUGAACACCUGGUGGACUGUCUUACCUUCACAGGUACGUUCACUAUCUUUACUCGGAGCAGACUCGGAUGGAAAACAGAAAGCUACCAUUCAGCUGCGCCUAUGAAGUGGCGUUUUGUGUCUGCUGCUGCGUGGCAUGGAUGAUUUACCAUGAUUUCAAAUGAUGCGUAAUUUACGCACGAUCGAUGUGAAAACGUCCGAGCGCGUUUCUGUGCUUUUCAUAAACUUUAGCUGACAUGUUAAAGUUUUGAAACUUAUUUGUUUACUUUUGUUUAGUAAAUGAUGAGAGUUUAAUUUCAGCUGAGCUCCUCAGAUUUGACAGAUUGCCCAAAUAAGCGAGCUGCUGCUUGAAUUCAAAGUUUGUUUGACAUGUUUUCCUUUUUUUCUCCUGGUAACACCCUCCCCUCUUCUUUCUUAAAGUAAAUGUUUUAUCUGAAUGAAAUCAGCCACGAUCAUUCAUGCUGCAGCCUGUGGAGGAAACUCAUCCAGCUUUCAGAAUAUAUUUCUGUCUUUUUUCCCUAACUGGUUAUCUUAAGCUUUUAUUUUGAAAUGACUCAUUUGGUUUGUAUAAAAAGUAGAAAUCUAAGAGGAGAGUUGAGGUGUUUGUUUUUCUAUACUGUACAUGGUCUGACGUUUUUCUGUGUAUUUCCUCCGACAUUUCUAUACGGUUUGAAGCAGCCUGAUUAAGAGCAGGUGGUCUCCAUACAACAUGUCCAGCAGCAGACUGCAGGCUGUGGCUUGCACUGAAGCUAGUGCCAAGAAUUAAAGUAAUUCAGCCUGUUCAGUGCUUGAUAAACAAAUACUGUCCCUGAAGCAGCACCCAAAAGGCUACAGAGCUGACCUUGUAGAGACAUGUUGGCUCUCCUCUGCGUCUGAUCUCUCCUAUGGCACUUCUCUUGGCUUGUUGCUGCAACGCUUGGCACAUCUAACAUGCUUACAGUACGUUUCUGACACCUGUGAAUGCUGGGAUUUUACACUCUCUGGCACUGGGUGUGUGCGAAUACUGUCUCAGGCAUGCAUUCACUGGAAUCAGCGAGGAACAGCUUGAAACCAGGUUCUAGGUGGGUCAGGAUUGCAAAUAAGCCUUAAAACUUUAACUGUAUUUAUAUCCCAGAAUGAGCUGCUGAGAUGGGAUGGAUAAAAACAUCAACAAGGGAAACAACCAGACAAAGGUUACUCCAUAAACUUCGCAAAUAAGCACGACUGACUUUGGAUAGAUCUUUUAAAAACUGCUUCUUUUCUCUCACAUCGACACCAAAGAUAGAGUUGUGUUUUUCUCUGUUUACACGAUAAUGCAGAAAUGAAAAAAACAGAAGGUGGCAAUGAUGUGUAAUCAGACUGUCAUGUACAUGACUGCAUCUUCUUGAGCAACUAGAAACCGGAAACAGUCUGAUGUGUUUAUUCACCUCCUCACCAUUAUGAAAUGAUGAAGUAAAGUUCAGCUUCCUCAUUUACCAAAUAAACUUAACAGUACUUCCAUACAUAUGAAUGUUUAGCCUUUAGUUGGAGCCUUUUGCUGCAUGUCAGAGCCAAGGUCAUACCCCUCCCCUAGUGGUCCAAUCUGUCCACAACCAACUCAAAAGCGGCACCAGAUUGAUUUAUUUUCUGAAUACGUGAACACAUAAGUUCCAUGACAGGUCAUUCCUGCAGAUGGAGUACGCAGUGUGGAGUCCAAGUGUCGUUAUUUUCUGCCUGAAACAGCUAUCAGUUAAAGCUCAGCAUCCAUACUGAAGAAGAAGCAAACAUACUUAUGCCCACAUCGGUCUUAAAAUGAGGUGAAGUCAGAUGAAAGCAGAGCAGCACUGUCAGGAUUUUUAAAAGGUGCAUUUGUACGAUCUUAGGAUGAGUGUAAGGGUUCACAAUGCAUCCCCAAAGAAAGCUUGGAAGUGCACAUGUCUUGUCGCCUUGUCUCUGUGCAUCAUUAUACUUCUCUGAGGCUAAUAGUAGGCUAGGUAGGAAGACCACCCCCUUGCUUUCUCCUCAUACGCCUGCUUCACCUCAACCGUGCACCGACCAAAAACUCCGGACUAAAACUGUCACUGAGCUCCUCUGCCUCAUGCUAUCUUCAUUUUGUUGCUCCACUGCUGUCCAGUGGGAUUGUUGCAUCAACCCAUGCAUUGACUUAACUCAUACAGUGACCCGAGUGUGUUUCCAAAUUUUUAGGGACACAAUGGAAGAAUAAGUUGAGGCUGCCGGCUCAAUCCUGGUGUUUUUAGGUAACCAGGUGAAAUUUCAUUAUAUGAACGACAGUAUUUGCUGCAGACACACCUCAUUCUCAGCAGGAAUUAGAGCAGACACACUCCUGGUAAACAGUGGAAACUCUCUGCACCCUACGCCUCAUUUAGUGCCCAGAUUGUACACUACUUCAAACGUUAUCAAACAAACCCUUAUUCAAAGAGCUAACUUCACGGCUAAUGUGCACAGUGUUUGGUCAAAGGUCACUUCAUUGGUGCCUGGUGAAGAUAAAGUUACUACAAAUCAGUAAAAACAAGUUAAAAUGAACAAGAUGGAGAAAAAAUGUGAAGUCCUUCUCCAUGUUCAUUGUACUGAACACCCUGAAUAUCUCACCAGGUUUCUGCACAGAAACAGCUGCAGCAGAUGUCCUGCUGUGAGAACUUUUCAGAACCUUUACCUGCAGGAAACGUGUUCGAUCACCACUUCUGCUGAAUUUAUCUUUAACACAAGUACCUGCAUUUCUAUUUCAGCUCGAAUAAGAUAAUAUGUUGUAUUCCUGCAGCUUCUCUCUGAAACUGUGAACAACUCUCUCAGAGCAUUAUCAGCUCUUAUCAACAGCAGCCAUCAAACACCCCUGAGACUGCUGCAGCACUCACCCCUGUGUGUGGUCUGCUCAUGUUUUCAGAGCCUGUGUAUGCUGCUCUUUGAAAAUAGGCACAUCCAGCUCCUGUACAUCCUGUUUGCAUUACGGUCAUUGUGUACCUGCGACUCUCCUGCAGGUGUGACUUCAUCUGCUAAUCAUGCAUGAAAAAAAAACAACUGUGGUUUUUUUUUCUUUGCAGCAGAAAGAAGUUCAUAAAGUUCAUCUGACUGCAGCAGCUGACAGAAAAACAGAGCCCAGCGUUGUGUAAUCCUGGUGGAGGCUGUUUUGUAAUCCCUGUUGUAGUGAGAAUGUUGCCAUGAAUUGAAUUUCUCAUUAAGUCCUAAAACUAUGUGACCCGUCUGAGCCGCAGGGUUUAAGAUGACUGAGCUGAAGAGGGACAUUUCACCGUCUGCAGCCGCUGAGAAAAAGUUGAGCUCAGUUUUUGUGAGGCGUCGCUUAGUGAGUUGUUACUAUUCUCAGGUCUUAAUAUUUAAAACAGUGGGGCAAAGAUAUCUCAAUAAGUAGACAUCCUUAAACUGUUAUUUAGAGACACCUUGAUGGGCAUCGUUCUUCUUUCACUGUGCUCAUCUUUAAAAUACUAGUUUGUUCUCAAAGGAAGUAGUCUGAUAGUCAAUUAUGACCCAUUUUUGAUGGUCAAUUCUUGUUAGAUUAUGAUUUUUAGUUCACACACAGCUGAGACUAAGACAGGCUACGAUUUCUUUUUUUUUCUUUUGUGUUUAAGCCGCUUAAAUUCAGCUGCUGGGACGUUAAGCUAAACACUCCCGCUGCACUAAUGUCAGAGGUUCAUAUGUCUUUGGUCGAACUUCUGCUGCUGAUGUGAUGCACGUAAAAAUCUCAUCAUGUACAGCAGGAAGAAAAAAGACUGCUUAGAAGUUGCAUCUUAGGAAACUGCUCUGAUUAAACCGUUAUAGUUGGGUCAUUAAGUUCUGCAAAUUCACUUACUUCAUCAUUAAUUGCUUUCAGCUUUGGUUUCUCUCAGCUAAACUUUCUGCACUUCUGAACUGCUUGUUGAAUCCAAUUUCAAGAUUCAAUGUCAGAUUUGGUCAGAGGCUCAAACAACUUAAAAAUCAAUCACACCCCGUAGACUCACAUCAAGUUCUAUCAGAAUCUCUACAAUUUAAUAAAAACCUGAUUGCAGAGCACAUUAAAGACCCGCUGUGAUGUUAGCUGCUGCUUUGUGUUUCUUCUGCUACUUCACAGAUGACUUGAAAGAUGUGUCAAAGCUCGAAGACAUUUUUCUUCCUCUCUGAAUACUUAAAGCACAUGUUUUGCAAAUUGCAGCCACGCUAUCCUCCUCUGAAGUGGUGAAAAACAUCCACAGCAGUGACCCGCUCUGACUCUCGCUAGCUUGGCGUAGCUAUGUAGAUCUCAUUUAUACUUGCUCCUAUAUUGCUAGUCAGUCAAUGACAGCAGCUCUGAUCAGAUGAUUUUACUAGAUUAGACUGUAUCAUUAAAACCUCGAACAAAAUGAAGGAAAUCAAGGCCUGAAAAUACUCCCCAGAAAUACACACAUGCAGAAUCAGCUGCUUGUUAUGAAGGAAAAAGUUCAUAUGGAGAACAAAAGAGGGGAAAUACAAUCUGCUGUUUCACCAUCCCAGAACCUCUUGGUGGUCGUUCUCCAAUCAUUUAGCUUUAGUUUAUGUCUUUAAACAGAUAAGUGCAGGCAGGUGCAGCUAACAUGGUCCAUCGUCUCACAACAGAGGCUCCAUUCUUGCGUCUCAAGUUCCUGGUCACUUUUUAAAUGAAGGCAACAAACAGGAAAGAAUGUCUGUUAUUACUGAUGCCGGCCACACCAGAUUCCUCAAGUUUGCCAGCGCUCCCAAAGGCCAAACCGUGGUCAGACGACUGGCGAUGGGUGACUGUGUUAUUUUUUUAAGAUUAUAUGUUGGACUUCUUGGAUAGACGAGUGUCGAGAAGAGAAACGCUGAGGAAGAGAGAGAGAGAGAGAGAGAGCUCGACUUGGACAAAAAUCACGCAAGAUCAGGAAUCAUCCUGCUGUCAGUGUCUGUGCUUUGUUCACUGAGCUGAUCCCGGUACACUGUGAAUAAUAUCUGAACUAUUCCUUUAAAAGAGACUUGCUUUCACCCUUCAUUGUGUCUGUCUUGUACACCUGUAGUUUUGCAUGAUUUGCUGCUUAAAAACCUCCUUAUCUAUCUCACUCUGGCGCCUGUGAGAACCCUCAUCUCAGCACGCUUCGUUUUGGCUGCUUUUACACUAAUACGGGUGUUACUUUUUACACAGUCCCUAUAAUGUGGUUGCUAUUGUUCCAUCUGCAGCUGUUAUAAUGUUACUUACAGCUUCAGGUUGUUAUGUAUGUUUUAAACACAGUAGGUCUCCUUUAAGGUGGAUUUUUUUUGUCAAAACUGACCUGAAGCGUCUUUUUUCAUCCACAGCUACACAAAUCUAAAAAUGUACGUCUCCAAAAGUACAGACAGCAAAAGACAGACCUUUAAAAACAAAAGUUGAUUUCAGUGAUCGAAACAUUUCUCUCUGACUGUCUAUGGACUAGCUGUAAAUUAGAGAUGCGGAUGGACCUCAGGUUGUCUCAGAUGACUCUGCAGAAGCUCUGCCGUUCUUUAUCCUGGUAAUAACAGACAAAAAUGCAUGAUACAGAUACCUAUACAUUAGCAGGCCACCCUGUUGGUUGUUUAUUAUAGUUGUAUGUCUUUAAACCCUCACAUGUAUACUGUGGCCUCCUACUGUAGCUACCUGAGCGUUUGAUAAGGUCUCUGUUUGUUUAUGUUAGUCUUUGUGUGUUUGUGUGGGGCGGAGAGAUCCUCAGGAUCUAUUAUCUCCUGCAGAGGAAACUCCCUCCAGUUUUUGUGAAGGGAUGUCAUUUUCUGUGUUUCACUGCAGGAGAAGGAGGCUCACACUGAAGAUGUAAAUUAAACAGUCUGAAAUUAUUGUCUUUUUGCAGCUUUUAUUUUGUUCUACAGUGACGUCACGCCUCCUUCAGAAACAGCAGGGUUUCUGAAUGAAGGCUCUUUGUGGUGUUGUUGUGUGCUAAACAUAGUUCUCUCUCAGGUUCGAACCCCCAGCAGGUGUCUGGUGGAUCGAAUGUACUUUUUGAUUAACCGCUAACACGCUGACUCACCUCUCUCACGCUGCAGGUCUGUCUCCUGUACUGUAGAUGUAAAUAUCUGCCCCAGCUUGUUCCCCGCCUCGGCUUUCUUCCCCUGUGAGGACAAAUUGUAGUCCUGACUGUGCAGCAGGGAUCUACCUGCCUGUCAAAGCACAACACUGUGGAAAAAUCAUGUCAGUGCUCAUGAAUGUCAAAUAAAAAUGUAGAGCUGCAUCGGGGAAAGUCCGAUCUCUGCCAACUGUAGCUAUAUUAAUAUAUGCUUAACAUGGCCUGGUAUGUUUGUGGUGUGUAUUUGCCCUAAAACUGUCAUCACUGAAUGCAAAAUCAUGCACUUCACUUCACAGCAAGAACCUCAAGAAUGCAAAACUGAGAGCUGUACAUGGAAUAACUUAAAGAGUCAUGUAUCAGAUGUUAUAACGCUGUAAUCAUCCUGGAGAGCGUUAGCGGCCCACCACAAGGACGCUAUUGUUGAGGAGACAAGGCGACUCACUGGAAUUAAGCAGAAUAUCAAUGAGAUUUUUGGCUUUCUAACAUGCAAUUAAAUAAAAUGACUCACUCUGUAUCAGAUCAGAACUGUUUCCAGCUAAUCUGAGCCACUGACAUCAUUUGCCCGUAUCCUAAAUGCCUUCCACUGAGUGUCACGCAAAAUAGGGCUGGGAGAUAAACUGAAAAUUUACAGAUACCGAAAUUUACGACAAUUACCAACGUCAUUUUUUCCAUAUCGGUAUAUUCGGAAAAGACAGGUAAGGAGAUGGAGGACGGUUCAAAAGUUGUAGUGGCUGCAGAGGCAGGGUGAGCAGCUUGUGGAGUAGUUAUCGUCCAUUUAUGGUUAUGGAGGUGAACUGAUCAAUAUAUCGUGAUACUGAUUUGAGGCCAUAUUGCCCAGCCCUAAGGCAAAAUGAUAACAUGACCCAACAGGAGAGGGAUUGAAAGAGUCUCUAGAAAGGAAAAAAAUAUCCACUGCACUUUUCAGCAGAAGCUCAGAAGGAAAAGUUUGUUGAGUCAUGUUAGGGCUGGGUGAGGAACCUUUAGCCAAGUUUCAAAAGACACGACAAAUAGAGCCGAGUAGAAAAGUAGGGUUGCUGCUCCUUCACGUCAAGAGGAGUCAGAUGAAGUGGCUUGGGCGUCUGAUGAAGAUGGCCUGGGAAAGCCUUGGGGUCCCUGCUUAGGCUGCUGCCCCUGUGACCUGACUCUGGAUAAGUGGUGGGUGGAUGGAAGUAAAUCUCCACCAGAGAUUAGCAGGUUCAAAACAAUUCUGUAUCGGCUUUACUUUGGAAACCAAGAGACCAGGACCACCUCUGAUACACAGUAUAAGGAUUAGGUAAACAAUAAGUUUACUGGCACUCAGCUCUUGGAUGUGUGACUUUGAGGAACUGCUAACCCUCUGAGGUGGUUACUCAUAAUUUUUAAAACCAUCGUUCAUGACAGGGAGUUCAGUCGACAUAAUGUGCUUUCACACUCAGAACAACCCCCGUCUAAAGAGUUUGGCUCUGUAGCUCCAGGACAUCUAAGUAGUUCUAAUGAGGUCUCCACCAACAAUUAUCCUCUUUUUUUCAGGUAAACCAGGUGUCCUCGUACGUUUAGUUUUCACUGUACUACAUAAAGUCUCAGUCAGGCUGAACUGCUCUGCACUGUAUCUGACCCUGCCUCAGAUCUCGCCGUCCGAUCACUUGAUUGAACCUGCUGGUGUGUGGCGAAAGUGGCAGACGUGACGCCGCCCUCCUGGGAGGUACAACAUUCCUGCGUUAACAGGGAGGCCUCAGUCAUCGCCUCCGCGGUGAGGAGCUCCGUGCUGCCGACCGCCCCCGCCUGGAGCGAGGACUGUGGCAGCUCUUACAUGCAGAUCAUCCUGCAGCGAGUGUCAGAGUGUUUGUAGCUGUCUGUCUGGGCUCUGACUCUAACAGCUCAGUUGUAGUUAUCUGCUGCGCUAUCAUUACCCCAGCGGAGUCUGGAAUGACGUCUCGGCGGCUCACUUCUGUUCUUGUCAUUGCAGACUUCACCUCUGAUUUAUGUCUUUACAUGUGUUUAACUCGUGGAUGAGGAUGACAGACACAUCCUCAGACUUUCUCUGCACUGUAAACGGACUUUACUUCAAACAAACAAAGAUCUGAUUGAACACAGCUCUCCAUUACUCAGACGUUAAAUUACAUCUGUGUGCGCCCUCUAAUCGAGUCUGAUAGAGCGAGGACUGACACUAUGUUUUGUCUCAGCUCCCAGAUGUUCACUUCAGAGCCUCUGAUUGGCUAAUACUCUUGACCUUUAGUGCCCAUACAAAGCUAAAUGAGUCAUUCAGCUGUGUGUGAAGUUACAGUCAACAGUCUGUUUCCUAUUUAUCCAGAAAUCUCUGGAAAGUGUUCCUCAGUGGCAUUCGGUUUACUCUGUCUUGUUUCCAGCUGACAUUUCACACUCGGGACUGUUUAUGAAAGUGUUCAAAGUUACUUUCAGUGAGUGAGCAGGAUGGGGAAAAUGGGUCACAGAGGAUAAAAGUGGAAUUGUGCUUCUUCUCCUCUCUCUCUCUCUCUUUUUUAAGGUUUGAAAGUUAUAGAAGAAAAUCUGGCGGAGCCGCUGAACCUGCACACCUCUCAUCAUGAUCAGAGCAUCACUCACUGCUGUCUGCCUCGGUGAGAAACACAUCUGUCUCUCUGCUGGUUUUAAAUCUAUCAACUUUGACUACAGGGAUCUAUAUUUCCAGAAGUAAAGAAGGCACCAAGUGAGAAAAUAAGAUCUUAAUACACCUGACCAAAGCAGAUGGAGCCUGAAGGGACUUGAAUCCACCUAAACCAUCGAUUCACUUUGCAUUAAGUAAAUAACCGAAGUAAAUAUGAUCACAGAUGGUACAGAAGAGAAUCAAAUUAGGACUUGGCGCAUGAAAAUUCAAUUUUUUUACUGAAAAUAAAGUCAAUAAGGUAAAGUUGAAAAGUAGCUAAAAGGUAAAUUUAAAUAAAAGUGAGUUUUCAGAAGUGAGACGUCUCUAAUUCUGCACACAAAGGUCAUUCCAGAGUCAUUCCUCGACUCUGGGACGACCAGCAAGGCGUCACCUGAGGAUCUCAGACUGCGGGACGGCUCAAACGCUGUCAGCAUUUCUAUAUGUUGACUCGGAGAAAGACCCAGACGAGUUUUAAAAGUGAUCAGUAAAAUCUGAAAAUCAAUCUGAAAAUCACAGGAAGUCAGUGAAGGGAGGCGAGGACGAGAGUGACGUGAUGUCGUCGGUUAAAACCAGUAAGAAUAGAAACCAAUAGUUAGAGAGCAGGUAAGCUUAAUUAAAAAAACACAUUAGAGCACAAACUGCUGAACUUAUGAAAAUAAUCAUCAGCUCUUUUGUCGUUGCACAGAUUGCAGGACAGGAUAUUGACACUAAUGUUUUUACCACAGCAUCAAAAGGCUGAGGAAAGUUUCCCAAACUCCUGUCCAUAGAUUGAUUUGACUUGACAUCUGUUGUUGAGAUCUGGUCAUUGUGAGGUUCUGACCAAUCAGAAUUGAGUAUUUAACACAGUCAGUGGACAAAUGUGUCUGUACAGUAUUUCAGCUUCUGAUACUCAGCUAAUAUUUACUGAAUUUAGGUGCAUCCUCAGAAAUAGUCUCUUUUUUUGACCACUCUCAUGUGAAUCUCUCUUCCUCACCACAGCACUCCUCCUGUCCUGUGUCUGCUGGGCCAAGCCGAACGGGUCAAAGAACAAGAAACCAAAGCAAGGUACACUCCAUCAACAAAACCAGACUGUAGUCCUCCUGUAUCUCAGACCAGAAUACAGUUUCUAAUCCAGUCCUCGUUAAUGGAGCCUUGAUUUUGGCUCCAUUAACGAAAAGUGAAAGUGAAUCAACACUGAAGGCCACAAACCCAAAAAUCAAAAGCAUAGGAAAAGUCUCUUGAUUCUGUUGUUAGAGUUGCAUAACGCAUCAUUUAUCUUUUCUUCCACAGUUGUUCCAGCCAUAGAGUGUGAUGUCAGAGCUGGGAAGAUAAAUCUCCCAGAGUUUAUAGUCAAAUGUCCGGCACACUGCAAGGAGACGAAGCAACAGGUUUAUGGAACGAGCGUGUUCGCUUCCAUCUCCAGCAUCUGCAACGCAGCCAUCCACAGGUCAGUAAUGAAAGCUCAAUAAAAGUCAUGUGAUGUUUUUAUGGCCGUCAGACUUGAAUUGAACAUUUUUAUAUUCUCAGUGGAGUCAUCACAAACGCAGGAGGGAAGGUGAUCGUGAGGAAGAUGGCCGGACAGAACAUCUACAAAGGUAGCAACUCGUACGGAGUGCGCUCGCUGUCUUUGCCGAAGUGGAGGGAGUCAUUUGUUGUCUCAGGUAUUAAUGAUCAAAUUAACGAGGAACAAAUGUCUUUCUUUUUAAUAAACAUUCAAACCAACAACUGGCUCUCUUGUAUUUCAGUGGGGAAACCCAAAAAAGGAGUAAUCUACCCAUCCACCCUGGACUAUGUGCCCUCAAGGCCGACUUAUGUAAAAACAGGUGAGCUGAAGGUCGAUCCUUCACUUUAAUGUGGUGCAUCACUAUGACUGGAGUGUGUUUCUGCGAUUAGGACGGAGUAGAGAGUGUUUUUGUGAGGUUGAGAUAUUAGGUCAAUGUUAAUAACAAAAUAAUCGACAUCCAGAUCAAAAGACCCCCACGUGAUGAUUACAGGACAGAACCAGCAAAGAAAAGGACACGAAGAGCAGACUAAAUUUGAGGUGGUUCAGGUGUCUGAUUGGGAUGUCACCUUUGAGGGUUUUCUGAGUGCAUUCAACUGGGAGGAGAACCGAGGUUGACCAGAGCUUGCUCAAAGGAUUAUGUCUCCCAUCUGGCUUGGGGUAUGGAUAUUUGGGUGGAUUUGCUUAAAAGCCUGCUGCCACUGUGACCCAACCCCAGAUAAGACGGUGAAAAUAAAUGGACUUAGGCCUCAGUACAAUUAAGACCAAUUGUUUGAUUAGGUCAAGUUAGGGUCAUUGUUAUCGAAGAAGUGUCUAUCCUUAAGAUGGUUAGGGUUACUUUUGUUUGACUCGUACAUAAAUGUAUUUGGUCUUUCUUCGCCUUCCUGCGCUCUUAUCUUUAAGUACCUCAAUGCCUCCAUACAGGCUGGGCACCACCUUGUUGGGACAUGCCAACUAAAAUAAACUUUACAAUCUCAAUCAACAAGUGACUGAGUGUAAGAAGCAAAAAGUAUUUUGUACUUUGUUUUGAACAUUUUUGAUUCUGUGAAAAAGUUUGACAUUUUAAUUUGGAGCUUGAUGGGGAUUGACUCAUUUUGGACAGCAGCCUCAAGUGGACAGUUUAGGAACUGCAGUUGUUUUGCACAUUUGCUCCAUUUAUGAAUCCCUACACUUGUCGCAAGGAUAGAGUAAAGAUUUUUCCUCAUUGAAAUGCUUUAAAGGUAGAGAUUUGAAACCUCUCACCUUCUGACCAGAUUCAGUCCGGUUUAAACUCAGACCUGGAGACUCCCUCUGAUCUACAAAUCACGGGACCAGUGUUUUCAGGGGACAAGAGGUUGCCUGAUAGACAUCCUUGCGCUUGACUCUGGCAUGUUGAACUUCGCUCAGGUUGAACGAGGAGUCAAAGCGCUGCAGCCUGCUAAGGAAUGCCAAGAAUGCAUGACAACACAGCCGUUACUGUAGACGUUCUUCCUCCCCGUCCAUCCGUCAUGAACAUGACCGCCUUCAUCUGUCAUCUCUUCGCAGGUCAGAAGGAGGCCAAAGCGCCUGCGGUCACCACGGUGCUGCCUGCUACUACAGCACCUGAACCCACCACGACAACAACACCUGAACCCACCACCACCAUCGCUACCACCACAACACCGGCUCCCACGACUACUACGCCCCCACCCACCACGACCAAGGCUCGAGCUGCUGUGCACAAAGUCAGGGAUGCAGGUGAUUCAAACAAACAUCAUCUUUCAUGCAUACAUGUAAGAAAAGCUCAGUUUUUCACUGAAAUCAUGGAUCCAUGUAUGUCAUGUUGAGGAUUGUGUUUUCACUGGGAUUAAGAACAAACGAUCCAGUAAAACCGAUCCAAACUGUCGAUCCAGUGACGUAGAAACUAACAACGUUUGAAGCUUUUGACUCGAGACGCUGCUCACCAGAACAAGUUUUGAUUUGUGUGAAAAUGAGUGAUGAAGACAAAUCGCUGCAGUGCUAAAAUCCACAAUUAUGACAAAUUACAGCCGGUCUGUGAUGAAGUACAAACUGUGAAGUUGAGUGAUGAGUCGACCAUGAACAAGUCAGGAACCUGCAAAAGUCAGGAGACUACUGAGAGCAGCUAUGUUCUCUAUACCACAACCUUUUUCCUCAAACACCCAUAAAAAGUUGAUGAUCUCUCUCUACUCUGAAAUAGUGUCUCCACCAGCAUCAGGAAUCACUUGUUGUGAGCUGAGCAUAUCAUUACAACGAAGCCAGAUUUAUUCAUAUUAAAUACUUUGAGUGAUAGAUGUUCACACUGACCAAACACAAGCCAAAAAGUUUCUAAUUUUACCCCAAGAGCAGCUCAUAAAUGAGGCAUCCUUAGAGGGGAUGAAGGGGCUGUAUUUGCCCCUGACAUGAGUCAAAUAAAGCGGCCUAAUAGACCAUCACUACUGACUGACUGUUCACUUGAUCACCAGACCAUUCAUCACUCUUAUUAAAUGAAAACAUAGCGAGAUGUUAAUCACAUUAAGUCACCCACCCGGCCCUGGAUAUUAAUGCAGAUACAGUGAGUACACAGAGCAGCAGUAUCUCCAGGUAUGUGUGUAAAUGAGAUCGGCUGUGCGCCAGAAAACCUCCCCACUAUUUCUGUCGCUUUCAUUCUCUGUAACAUUAUCUCUCCUCCCUCCAUAUUGGCACACGUUUGUUUCUUUUUUUUCUAUCCAGGCAGCAGUCACCCGUACCUUGCCUCUGUGGCAGCUGCAAGUUCAAGUAAGUGAAGCAAAGCAAACAGGUGUGACACUGGUUUCAGGCUGGUUUUGGUGGCAUUAAAGGGAUAUUCCGGCAAAAAAAUUAAUUCAGGGUCAAACACACUGUUAGAAACCCCCUCUAGAGAUGAAUGUUGCCGACCACUUGCUUCUCUAGUUAUACCAACUUUAGUAACGACCACAGGAUAGUAAUACACAGCGGUCUGAGGAGCCUUAAACACACCUUAACCAAAACGCCACUCUACAGCCACAAAUAAUGCUCAGAACAGCACUUCAUCAACAGGACAUAUAGGGUCACUGCUAUGGCACUAGCCACCAAACAUCUUUUUAACUUUGCCUAAUUUCUUUAGCAAAGAGACUAAACACAACUCACCUACUCUCUUCCAGCAGUUGCUUGUUUGUAGUGAAACCUCAGGCCAGUCCAUUAUGGACUACAGCGGGGUGACGCAGCUCAAGGAAGGACAUUUAUGAUCAUUUCUUCAUGGAAAUACAAUCAGACUGAGACGCUAAGGUAGAGGAACUACUGUGUCUGCAGUGCAAAAUGAUUAAUAUGGUGAUUAUUACUUCAAGGAAAUGAUAAAAAAUGAUCAUAAAUGUUCCUCCUUGAGCUGCGUCACCCCGCAGCAGUCCGUAAUCGUCUGGCCCGAGGUCUCGCUACAAACGAGUGGCUGCUGGAAGAGAGUAGGUGAGUUAUGUUUAGUCUCUUUGUUAAGAAAUCAGGUGAUCUAGUUAUAGUAUAACUACAGAAACAAGCAGUCGGCAACAUUCAUCUCUCGAGGGGGUGUCUAACUCUGUGUUAUGGUGCGUUUGACCCUAAAUUAAUUUUACACCGGAAUGUAAUUGUGAAUUGUGCAGGGGUCUUGUUAUAAGUUUUUCUGCAUGUAAGUGUGCACUCUGGCCCUUCAGCGAGCUCCUUCUGUGUAUUUUUAUUGGAGGAACACAUUCAGUUAACUUAUUCAAGGUGGAGAACUUAAAUCAGUCUAUUAGGGCUGUUGGUUUUGACCCUAAACUUCUUUGAAUUAUGCCACAUUAUUUCUGCUGAGAUGUGCCCACACUCUGUUGUUCUCAACACUGGUACAGGACAGUCACAGAGCAGUCAAGCCAAGAGUCAUGGCCAAGGUAAGUGCCUCAUUCUUUCAUCUAGAAAGUCUUUAACGCUCUGCUGAGUCCUCUUCUUUGAAUUAACCCUGGCAUCUCUUCAAAGUCUUCAGAGGAGGUGCCUAUCCCAAUAGAUUCCCACAACGUGCCAGUGCAGGUAAACCGAGCUUCCUGAUGAGUCUUUUUUUACUCUAUCCAAAGUCUGCUGUGACGUUCCCUCUUUCUUUUACUCGCAUAAACACUAACUGUGCAUGAUCUGUGUCCAAACAAAAACACUAACAUAGAGAUUUAUGACUCUGACUCUAACUUUGUGUAAACUCUUCCAGCUGUCGUGUUUUGGUGAAACUGACUCGUCUAGUCAUGCCGCUGUCUCUGUGAGGGUGUCCUUGGGCAUAGUGGUGUUUGAGCCUCAAUAGUGUGCAGAGUUUAAAAGAUCGUCUCAUAACGUGUCUUUCUAAAUGUCGGUCCCAGGUAUACGCAGGCCAGAAGCAGGUUCAGCCGUCAGGAGACAACCUUCCUCUCCAGUUGGUCCAGGUCAGCCUCAUCACCAACACACACACACACACACACACACACACACACACACACACACACACACACACACACACACACACACACACACACACACACACACACACACACACACACACACACACAAUCAAAGGUAGCGUGACACACAGGUAGACAUGAUGGGAUUGACAGGCAGGGCAGGUCAAGGGCAUCAGGGGUACAGAUGUCGUCGCUGGGACGAGAAUCCUGGAGACGUAAGUCCAGGCCUUGUUUUUCCACCCAUAGGCCCCUGUGAUCAUCACCCAGAGGUCACUGCUAAUCCUCUCGAUCGAGCAGCAGCUAACAUUCCUCUCAUGAUAACCGCUGUUCUCUGUCAUCAGGCACAUCCUCUUACUCGUGUUUUCACUUUCUGAGAUGAAAAGAGGCGCAUGAAGCCCAGUUAGAGCCUGCAAACACGCCCCGCAUACACCCUUUUGUUUUUGGUACCAUGCUGGGCAGAAGUAUGCCUUCAACUUCACCCAAAAACUCUGCAGCUGGGCUGCAUUUGUGGAUGCUGAAGCUCUUCUCUGCCUCCUCUUCUUUUUCCCUCCUCUUCCUCUUUUCUACUCUGUCUGCCUGUUUCUCAUUGCUACAAACAGCUUUUAACAGGGUUCAGCCGGCCCAACCAGAGCGGUCUUCAACCACGAGCCAGUCCAACCCGGGUAAGUAUCUCCAGACCCCGAGCGAGGGUCCUCACACUACAUACACACACACUCACUGACGUAGGGGAGCAGACAGUCCUGAUCACACAGAGGUAAUAAAAACCACGGUCCAAAUGUUUUAUAAAGCAGCACUAAUGUUGACCCUCUGUGGGAGUUUCGAUGCGUGGGCAGUCCUCUGCCGACAGGCGGAAACAGUUCCUCUGUACUCGGAGUGAAAAAUGAGCAGGAAGGUCUCUGUUAUUCUUCAAAGAUGAGAGAUGACGUGAUUUCUGUGUUUGAACUCCUGCAGUAGUUUGUUUGGAGUGCAGUAAGAGUCCCCCUGCAACAGGUAAUGUAUCUGACUCUACAGUAUCCUAAUGGAAGACAGCAUAUCCUAUCAUCUCAUCAGUUAGCCUGCCAUUCCCGCCCCUGCUUGUCUUGUUAGAUCUGCAAAUACAAAAAGACUUUGAGGGUGAGAGUGGAUGCCAGUCCAUUGACAGAAAACAUCUCCCUUUUUCUCCUGCCGACAGCAUCAGACUGGAGCCAAACGAUGACAAAUCUUGUAAGACUAUUAAAAAGUCAUAGAGUGAAGUAGCUCCUUUGUUAUAUUAAUUUAUGGAUCCCUGUUAAAGAAAAUUACAAGAUCCUCUUGAACAACAUUUGACAAGCUUUACAAUUUACAACCCUGAGUUUUUGGCGCCAAGGUUUGACAAAUAACAAAUCUAAAUAACGUCCAAUGCAACCUGAUAUAUUAAUAAUUCUGAUAUCAUCCAUGUAGCUACACCUCUUUUAUAUCGCACUUCAGAUGGAGAGGUACCAUCUAUCUACAUCAUCAUCACCUUAUCAUAAACCUCCAACUGUAAACGUUCUCUCUCAGACCAGGUCACUCCGAUAAUCCCGCUCUGUCAGUGCAGCUCUACUGUAGCACCUCAUGACAGAUUCCAUCUGCUCUGGCCUCUCCUGUCUCUUGUAAAUGUUUUCAGAGACAGACAAGGAUGAAAGCACCGGCACGGUAGGCAGCUCGGUGCUGCUCCCAGAGAGACCCGGUCUGCAGCUCUGCAGGAUCUGGGUCGACUCUCCAGCCUGUCAGGAAUAGAAAUCUCUUGCCAUUCAAACCAGGCGAGGUUUUGGCUCGGUGGGAAAUGUGCUUCUGUUUUUGCUUCUGUGGAAUGCAAACCAAAAGGAUCCCUGAAAUUAGUCAAAAAAACUACAGUAGAACUGCUUCAAUCAUGCUUGAUUGUAUGAUAUAAAAUCUAAAGCUGGUGCAUCUUCUGUCUGACCUUUCCCUGCAGAGAUAUGAGACUUUGUAGGUGUCUGAUCAGUGCAGUUUCUGGAUAAUUAUGUGAUACUUUAUUGAUCCCUUUAGGGAAAUUCUUUGUUUGAGGUGAAGGGUCAGAGGUCAGGAUCAGGCAGGACUCUUCAGCAGGGCGGAUGCUUGCUGUCUUUGGCGCUCUGAACUCUGAUUUAUGAGUCGGAGGCUUUUCUCUCCAGUCGUUUGCCACCCGUCUGCCCUAAACAGAUGUGUGGAUUUACUGCUCAGCUCUGUGGAAAUGUCCCGAUGCAGUUCAGCCCCACUUUCAAACGAGGUCUCCACUCUCAUUCAUGGCAUGACUGGAUAAUGCAAGAGAGUUAGAGUAUCCCUGUUCGUCCUCUGACCCCCUGGCCGUGGUGAUUACCGGGGUGGCUAUGAUUGGGAGAGUUAACCUCAAUCCUCAUAAAGCACUCAUUUUAUCAGAAGUAACAACACUGCUGUCUGCUGUGCAGCACUGUACCUUUGAGCAGCAGCAGAUUAGGCUAAUCUCUGGGUCCUACUAUCUACACUGCCCCUGGUUUGACACCUACUUUAAAAUAAUACUCCCACGCUUCACUUGGCUCUCCCACCCCGUCACCGUCAACAAAAGGACCUGCUCGCUAGCUGCCACUCGAUGGGAACCUCAGAGCCCGGCCUGAGUGUUUGUGUAAGCUACCCGUCCACCACAGGGAGGGGUUAACAGGAGUGUGUUGACGUGGAUUGGUCAGUUAAACAGAUGAAAUGCUUUGUUAUGGUUUUACUCAGCUGUUGGGGCAUCUAGUGGUCAACCACUGAGUCUGGUUGAAUAAGCUGCCUGGUGUUUUUGCCACACUUUAAGUUCAAACUUUGACUCGGUGUGAAUCGUGAUCUCCAGAGCAGCAGGUAGAAAAACAGACGAUGCUUUCUCAGUUUCUCUACCCUGGAGGUAAAAAGCAUUACGCUUAACUUCACUGCAGCAACCUUUAGUUGCUCAGUCACCGUCUGUCUGAGUGACUCCUGAACGUUAAGUGUCUGUCUCAAGGCUGAACAUCUUGUGCAUACCCCACUAAUAACCCAGCAGGUUCAGUGGAGGUCACAGGUAUGCUUCUGUCCUGAACAUAGCUCUCUAAUCUCCCCCUGCACAGCUUUUCCGAGAAGGGAGUGGGCGCCUCCCUCAGGUCCGCGUCCUGAUUGGUUCCCAGGAGCUCGAAGACCAACAGGUACAGCUUCAAUAAUCAUGCAUCAUUUCUCCCCUUCAAACCAUUCAUAAAACAUAUCCUGAAAUAUGUUUCAUGUAAGGGUUUAACAAAGGGAAGAAGGGUAUCGCUGGAAUAUCUGAAAGUAAUAAAAUGUUUCUGUUUUGGUACAUAUGCUCUUUAAACUUCCUGUUUUUGUCCUACAAAAAAACGCCAAAUUGAGUACUAAACGCUGACUUGACCUCAUCAAAACAUAGACACAGGGAAAGAGUUGGAGAUGAGGGACACAGACCAGAAGCAGUUUUUCUAACAAGACUGAAGGUUUAAUUUUCGGACAUUUUCACAUCAGACUUAAUGGAGAUUUGUUGGCUUUUGGAGCCAGCCUCAAGUGGAGGCUGAAGGAACUGCAGUUUUUUUGUACUUCUGCAUUGGCUUUAUGGUUGCCACUUAGUUAUGACAGGAAAAACAUCUUUGUUAUCUUGAUAAAAUAAAUCAAAUCUCAACAAAACUUGUCAUAUCAGCACAAGUGGAUAAAUAAAAUGUAUGGGUGCAUCAUGUCAGCUAAGGGUUUUAGUGCGCCCUGACUGUAACCCUCAUAGUCCCUGAUGCCUCCCCUUCUCUGCUGUGCAUUCAGAUGUAAGUUAUGGAGCUCCAGACUCAGGAUAUACGUGGAGUGAGACUGAUGCAUCUGAAAUGACAGGUAAGCCAAUCUCCCCCCUGAAGGCCACACACCAAGAGGGCAUGAUGUGUACUGCCCCCUGUCACUCAGGCGGGUCAGUACACAUUUUGAUGCCUCUCUGUUGCAUGCACAUACACAGCAUGCUUGAAUUAGCCAAGCAGUUUGGUAUCUGCUGACCAUGUACGUGUUGAAUUGGCUCCAUAUGUAAGUACAUGCAAUGUGUCUCUCCAAACGUGUGUUUACAUGCCAUCUGCCUGCCAUAUGAGUGGGUCCCGUGAAGUGUGGAGACGAGCACAGGGCAGGAUUAUUGUUGGUACAUGUGUGUGUGCGUGUGUGUGUGUGUGAGAGAGAGAGAGAGAGAGAGACAUUGUGAGGUGAUAAUUCUGCACAAAGCUGUUCUUUCAUUGGUCUGGGAUUGGUCAAGGGGUGCAGAGUAUGCGACCAAUCACAACCAUGAAAAUGUGGUUUCCUCUUGAGUUCAUUGUGGGAAUACUAACGGGUUUCACAACAUCCUCCUCUAGCUCGGGAUCACAGGCCUGAUAUGUCAGAAUAUGAGCGCUGGUUUUAUAACUUUGGACCGUACCGUAAGUGUGUUUUUAUUCUAUCAAGUGGGAUCUAACAAGUGUUGGGGUUCGGGUUUUAUAUGUACAAACUGUGAUGCUGAAAAGGUUGUACAUGAGUGACUGCAUGACUUUACAUAUACAAACACACCCUCAUCUUCUAUGUUGUUUUAUUGUCUUAUUUAUGCAUGAACUUGUGAAUUUGAAUUGUGUCACUCUCAUUAUACAUAUUUAGGGUAAUGCAUAUCCUGUGUGUCUUUACCGAACCUGCAGACUGCCUCAUUCAGCCUGUCAGCCCUCAAGAAACAAACUCUCGUCACAGAAUCAUUAAAUGAAAUAAAACUAAAGAAUUCAUCUGAAUACGCCCGCUGAAAAUCGGUCCAUAUGACACUCAUAAGAAACUGGAAAGCGUUGUUCGACUUGUUAGGAAACCUGCUUCUGUGCGCAGGAGUUACAAAAGAAGAUUGAUAGCUCCUGAAAGUUGGUCCAAAGACGCCAGUUAGCGUCGCUUUGCACCAAGAGUGGAAACGUAACUGUUGGCUGUCUACACAUGCUAUAAAUCCAUCUACUUACAUAUUACUACUUUUGGAUUAUUGCACAUAAAUUUCAAAAUGCAUUGGUGGUAUUCAUAGAGGGUGUGGAGUGAAGGUAGCUCUUCAAAAAAGAAGUAACCUGCUUUGGGGCGUCUACACAUUUUGUAUUAAGGCACAGUGUUGAACGUGAGUCACACGUCUUAUACUGUCAAGGGCCCAAAACAUCACUAUUACUGAAAAAUACCACAGUUAUACUCUCAGGGUCAGGGCUACACAUGUCAAACAUCAGCUGUUGGCAUUUGUACAGCUUCACUGAAUAAAAUGGAGGUGUAUCUGUUCUCUUCAAAGAAGUAAAAUACAGCCUGAUAACAGGAAGAUACUGAAUCUAUCAAGGAAGGACAAGAGUGCAGAAAUCUCCAUGUUAAAGUUUCUGAAAACACUAUUUACUGCUUCAGUGUGCAAAAAUGCACUCUGAGAUACUCCUGAAAAAGGCAAAGACGGGCUGAAAGCACCACUUUUACCCAAAGAUAUUCAAUCAGCAGAACAUAUCAGCACCAACGUAAUACACUCGGAUUUAGUCACCAUAGUUUCCUGCCCAAAAAAGGAAUAAAACCAUUAACCUGGUGAUAUGAUUAUCAGAGAUAUCUCCCCCUGAGUUGGCUUAUAGGCCGAAUAUUUCAGAGCAAAACAGACAGUCCAAUGCACAAGGAUGUGGUGCCAACAAUGAAGUAGAUCAGUACUGCAUAGAGAAGUUUGUGUUCUAAAAACAAGGAGAGGAAACACCCUCUGAGCAGACUGUUAGUCCUCAUACUAAACUAGGCUAGGUGGUUUCCAUUUUUGCAUCUAACCUUUGACAAAGAAGCUAUCCGGUUUCUCAGGAGAAAAACACUUUUUGCGUAACUUAAACAGCAAAAUAAAUAAUAGGGCGUUUUCACAACACAGCAAGCCCUCACUGUCAGAUUACAGGAUUUGGUUACAUCUGUGAGGGAACAUCCACAUCCAAGUGAAAGGGAAGUGGUUUGGAGGAGAAAGCUGGCACCACAGACAUAAAAAUACCACAACACAUCCAACCAAAUGAAACCAGAGGAGCUGAUGGAAGCAGACUGUAACACCAUGCUGUGUUUAUAUCAAAUUUAUACCAUUUCUCUCACUCUGACUUCAUUUAUCUCUUUCCUUUUAGCGCCUCGCUCCCCUGACUCAGACACUGUCCGUAAAGUACCACUGGAUACCCACACCAGAGGUGAGCAGAGUCCUGUUUAGAGUACAGAGGACAUACUGUAUUUCUGCCCUGCUUAUUAGUUGGCGUCGCUUUAGCUUUCUGAUUCAUGUAGGACUGAAAAGUUUAAGAUAAAAAAACCUCUUUUUGUAACUCAAUAAUAAAUCCUAAUGUUUGCUAACACUCAGCUUGUAUGAUAUCUGUGCAGUGGAGCCAGUAGAUGCCUGGAAGCCCGACGCUAACCUUUAUGAAUCAGGUGAGAUGGCUUGCACAUAGCAGCACCAGCACCUCUGCCCUGUUUAUGGGAUUUGCUUUUUUUUUUUAUUUUUUUUUUUUAAAUAACAGAUUAACAACAUUAUCCAGAAUAUUAUCCACAUACCUGUCGGUGGGACAAGAGAUCCUUGUGUUGUGGCACAGUUAGGGUUAAGGUCGGACUGAAGUUGUGGUCCUUGGUGGUCCAGUGGUUGAAGUUUCAUCCUGAAUAUGUAGCCUCCACCUGCAAACACCAUAGAUAUGUAAACGAUAGACGGCUUAGGCACGCUGUCAGCCAAUGGAGACCAAGGUCCGUGCAUGGCGGCCAUCUUGCUUCAGGCAACUCGCCCACUCAUAACAUUACAGUUUAUGGUGCAUGUAGCAUGUAAAUAACCAUAGAUUGCUUAAUUUUGAACCGAUUUUGGUUUGGUUUGUAACAAAGCUCAGUGUUUUAGUUAUGUUCCUGCAUACUCAAAAAUAAUUUUUACCAUGGAUUUUCAUAAAUAAACAUUAAACAGAUAGGUAGAGCAAAAGGUAUAGGCCUACACACCCAAGGCAGUUAUAUAAAAUCAUUUAUGUAUACAACAUUUAAUCAUUCGAUGUAUUUUAUAUUAGUUACACUUCUAAUAUAGGAAUAAGUAUAAUAACAUAUAGCAAUAACAUAUGUAGUCAUUUUCAAUAUAAAUAUCUGUCUAGACUAUCUGCCAGAAUGGUAUACUGGAGUAAGAUGGCCGCCGUGGAGGGACCCCAGUGAUUCCGCCUCGAGUCAUCUAGCCUUUCUUAUGAAUAUCUAUGGCAAACACUUUAUACUCUCACUUUUAGAGAGCGGCCACAAUGUCUGUCUUUAUCACAGUCCUUGGAAACAGAAAGAGUCUCUUUUAAAGCUAAAAAUUUGGAGCUAACACGACUGUAACAGCAGCUACAGUUGAACAGCCAACAGUCCAGCUCCUAUUCGGACUCUACUCGGGCUAGCCAACCAACGGCUAACCCGUUUACUUUUAGCUCAUUAAGCUAACUAACAGUACCGAUGCGGCUCGUUUUCGCCUUACUUCUUUAGAUUUUCGCUCUCGUCACGACGUCUUAAAUCGUUUUAGAAGUUAUCAUCCUUAUCUCUGGAUGGAGCCGUCUGGUUGUAGUAAGUUAUGUGCGUUAGUAGUGCUCCACACAUCCGGUCUGUGACGGUUAGCCGAACCAUUCAAAUGAAGACCGACGGCCGCCAUUGGUCGCCCGAUUUUAACAACAUAACAUAAAUUAAAUAAAGUUUUAUCACUUUUUUCACUCAAAUAGUCAUAAUGUUGUCUCAUUAUUCAUAUAUUUAUACUCUAUUUAACAUAACGUUAAAAAAGUGUAUUUUUUGCCUGAAGCAUUGUCAGUAAAUUCCCAUUCAGACUGUAAUUUCUAACCAAACCCAGUCUUUUUAAUGAAAAGCAUCUGGUUUAUUACUCAGGCUGUAUUUUUAGAGAUUUCUACCCCAGUUUAAAUGGCAUGGUUGCUUGAGGUUAAAAUCUGUGCCUGUUUGGCGUAGUUUUUUUCUUUUUCUUUGCCACAACAAAGAUCACAGCUGGGGUUUGGGAUCUCUGGAAACUGGAUAUCAACAUCUGCGCAGUUUGAAACUUUUAAUCUGAUUCUGGAAAAGAAGAGGAUUUUUAGGAUUUAUGAAGACAUAAUUCUAUCACAACAUGUGAUUAAACUGUCUGAGAUUAUGAAAGCUGUAAUGGGACACUGGAUGGGACCCAGUAUUGCUAAAUUUGAUGGUAUGAAAACGAUUAUGAAAGGACACAGGGAGUUCAGAGGAAUUGUGUCAAGCUAAAGAAGUAUAUUUUACUAGAAAAAGUGCAUUUUUCCUAUGGUGAAUAUUUUUCUGUUUCUUGAUUUUCAGGCUUCAGCGUCAGAGAGCCAGAACCUGCUCCCAGAGCACCUGAGCCCGUGUCACAGGGAGAUCCAAGUACGGCCCAUAAAACCCAACCAUGCUUAUGAUUUAUAUAUGAUGGCUGCACCUUUGGAAUUAGUGCUUAACAUUUUUAUUCACAAUCCUGCAAACAAUUAGUAUAAAGAAAUUAUUUCAGUUCUCCCAUAUUCCAAAUCUGUGGUUCAUUUAAAAAAGUAUGUGGAUACCUUUUGUUGUCUGCAUCUGCAAAGACAUUUUUCUGGAUUGCACCAGAUUGUUCUCAUACUGUACAUUUUUGACACCAGCUACAGUAUAACCUGUUAGUGAGGAGGCAUGGAUUAACUCAGAAAUAAGUGUUAAAAUUCACACAUGUGCUUGUAUGAUGUGAACCAGGCCUGCCUGUUCACUGAUGUUUUUAGAAGAUGCUAAAGACCCAGGCAUGUGCUGGUGUGACAGACCUGUUCAGUCCUGCUUCAAAGGAGCUCAAUUUAACACUGAGAUGGUCGACUACAAACAAUGAUAUUGAUGUUAAAACAGUCCAUAAAUCUAUCUGCUUCUGCAUCACACAGAGUGAAAUCUGUUGCCAGGAAAAACAAACUCAAAGUUCACUCUGACAACCAAAUUUUGCACUACAGCGGUAAAAAACUAUUACCUUUCUGAUGAAACACAGCUGAUUUAGACAAUGAUCUUCUUCUUGUUUAUACCUCAGCUGUAGCAGCAACUAGACUCUCAGAAUAAACAAAAAUACAAUUAAAUCAUUACAUAAGAAACCUCAAAGUGCCUCUUUAAAUUGGCAAGUGUAUGUGUUUACCAAACAGUCACCUGUUUUUCUAAGAAAAUACGUUUAUUUGCCACAAUUUUGCUCCAGUGAGCCGAUUGAGAUCAUGUCUCCUUUUGGGAUAAAUUAUGUAUUACAAACAUACAGGUGAAUCUGCUAUAAACUUGUUACUCGUGUGUUUUUUGCAGAUUGUAAGGUGGACCUGGUCUUCCUGAUGGACGGGAGCUGGAGCAUCGGGAAGAGGCGCUUUAAGAUCCAGAAAGACUUCCUGGCUGAAGUCGCUCAGGUCAUAAAUGUGGGCGUGGCCGGACCUAUGAUGGGAAUCAUCCAAUACGGGUAACUUCCACUGGUGUCACCUGAGUGAAGUGUGCAAAUAUACUUAAUAUACACUUACUUUACAAAUCUGUGCCCACAGAUUAAUAAUCUCUGCAAGGUCGUUUUUAAUCCAUCAGCAUGGGUUUGUAAACUGUUGGAAAGUCCAGUAAGAAAUACAUUAUAGUAUUAAAUCAACCCCAAACUUCAAAUGAAUUAGAUUUACUAGGCAAAUGUGCUUACCUUGGAAAUACUCUGUUUCUCGUGCACAAACCUGUGCCCACAGUUUACAAAACAGUGCCAACAGUUAACCACAGUUUAUGAGGCAGUGCCCUCAGAUUGAAAUAAUCUGGUAUGGGUUAUAAAUCUGUGGGUAUGAGUUAUGAACUGUGCACAGAUUUGUAAACAGAGCACACAGCCUGUUGAACCACCUCUGUAAAAGUUGAGUUUUUCUCCAAGUCCACACUGAACUGGUUAGUUUGAAUUUAUUGUUAGUUUGUUCAAUGUUUAGUCUCAUAACGGAGGAGUAAGAGCGAGAACAAAAGCAGCCACAAAGUGCCCACGCCUUAUGCCUGCAGUCCAGCUGCAGAUGCUGAUGGUUCUGUGGGAUGUCACUGUGGCGAGCCAAUAGAGCCAUUCAGGGUAAUCAAUAACAGAUGACAUCUCUGCAGGUGGAGACAUUAAUAACAGGUAUUUCCUGUAGGUAAUAGUUCCUAUGAUGUGAUUAACUUCUAUUAUUGAUUACUCUGACUGGCUGUGGUGGUGAAGAAGAUGCCAUCCAGUUUAUAAACCACCUGCUUACCCUCAUCCUCCAGAUUAUAGCAUACCGCCUUUUAAACCCAUGCAAACAGGUAUUUUACAGAGGGAUUAAUAACUAGUAUAAGUGUAAAAACUCGGUCCUUGUUGUGUGUGCAGGGAUGACCCGGUGACAGAGAUCAGUCUGAAGUCCUACUCCAGCUCCAGAGAGGUGAAGUCGGCCGUGGAUAAGAUCGUGCAGAAGGGAGGUCUCUCCAACGUGGGUGAGUGACCCACUACAGUAAAUGCCAACAAGCGCAAGUGUGAAAGUGAAAGGGCAGCAAUUAUCGCAUGGUUUACUAGCCAGGCACAUAUUCACAUGCAAGGAUGGAAUUAAAUCUAAAUUUGCUGUGAGACACUGUUAGCUAAAUUACAGUCCUGUGUCUGUCAGCCUUGUUUUUUCCCUCCACUCUGACGAAAGUGCAUUUUGGUUUUAGCGGGCCGUGGGGGUCAGCUUUGGAGGAGAAGUGCUGUUUUUCUGCUUUGGUUGGUGCGUCAGAGUGCGCCCGCUGCCACGUGUCUUUAUGACUUGCUAAAUUCUGCAUUCACAUCCACAUAACUGUUUGUGUUUGCCCAGAAGUGCUCUCUAAUCAUACAACACUCCUAAGAAAGGCCUCAGCUGUUCUGCUAUCACACUGACCACCACCAACAAGACUGUGUUUGUUAGAGGACAGCUCUAUUUUUGUGAUACACGCUGUCGGAGCAAUGCAUCACAUGAAGACAGAUGUGCAUGUUUUUGGUUUUUAUAGCAUACGGUCAUUAUUUCAAGGUUUUGUUUCUUCCAGAGGGCAUAUGGGGAAGUGAUGGCUGAUCAUGCACAUAUUUUUGGUUAUGUCCCUACAUUCAGACCUCUGGGGGCCAACAAAAAUCUUUAAAUGUCAUGAUGUUUUUAGCAUUUCCAGCCCUCCAUCUUUCACUUAUCUCUGACAGGCGUUUUAAAAAAGCACACUGUCCCCCCAGAGAGAUUUUAAAAGCUGUAAGAAAACACUGGCUCAAAAAACAAAAAAAAAAACACAAGCCUCGUAAGUAAUUUUUGUUUACGCUUACAGCUUCUGUAAAAUAAUGCAAGAUUUUUUUUUACUUCCAAUAUCAACUGCUUUGUAAAAUAUACAGUACAUGAAAUUAAACCAAAUAAAUAUGAACAUUUUUUUUCAUUCUCACCACACUCCAAAUCAGAUGCUAGUUCUGCACAAAGUUAAAAGAUGGAAUAUGCUUUGACAGUUUAUAAAGUUUUAUCAACAAUAGUGUGUAAACUAAAUAUGACAGAGGUCAUAUCAGCUAAAACAGAUCAAUAUUUGAAUUUUCAAUCACUUUACAUGCACCAGUUACUCUGUAUUUAGCCGAUAAAGCUUCAUUUCACUGCAUCAAAGUAGGAGAUGUGGACGUAACAGUUAUUUCUGGUUAUUCUCUGCAGCUGUUCAGGAUUUACAGUUAAAAAGAUUCUUCACAUAUUUCAGGCUGCUGUCUUUGGCUGGAUUCUUGAAGCCUCCUUCACUGUUGCCAAACAAAAAAUUUACAAAGUUGCCCUUUCUGCUCAUGUACAGCACUGACACCCAACAUUUUAUCUCAAUAUUUGUUUUCAAAAUAAAAUAAUCUGAUUUCCUGCUUCCUAAUUUAAAUUUGCCAUUCAUUACCAACGGAAAACACUCAAUAAACUAAACAUGUGAAAAACAGAAAACUGCCUCUCCAAACAGACAUGCAGCUGGAAAAAAGGAACUCAGUCCAUCUUAGAGAAGAUUUUUUCAGGCUGUCUCUCUGUUUCAUGUCAAACACAGUCCAUGUGUAUUUUAAUCCAGUUUUGUGAAAACCAGAUUUCUUCAGCUUGUCCUCCCUGAGUGACUUCCUGUAUUUGAGCCGCAGGCUCGUUUGUAGCAUCAUUUUAACCGCCUCUCUGCUGCCCCCUGGUGUCCUGACAGGGAAAGCCCUCACCUACAUUAACAGACAAUACUUCAGUGAUGCAAACGGGAACCGAGGAGGGGCUCCUAACGUGGCCGUGGUCCUGGUGGACGGAUGGCCCACAGAUAAGGUGGAGGAGGCGUCUCGGCUCGCUCGAGAAUCUGGUAUCAACAUCUUCUUCGUUACCAUCGAGGGUCCUGAUGAGAACGAGAAGCAAAACCUGGUGGAGGCCAACUUUGUAGACAAGGUGGGCAACAUUCAGUGGUUCAUUUAUUUACAGAGUCCAGGCAGCGUCCCGGUCCUUCUGGAUCAACAAUAAGUCUUUCUCCUUUCUCCUCCUGCAGGCUGUGUGUCGCACAAACGGCUUCUACUCCCUGCCGGUGAGCAGCUGGUUCGCUCUGAGAAAAGCCGUGCAACCACUGGUGAAGAGAGUGUGUGACACAGACCGCCUGGUGUGCAGCAAGACCUGCCUCAACGCCAACGACAUCGCCUUCGUCAUCGACGGCUCCAGCAGCGUGGGGACUGGAAACUUCCGCACCGUGCUGCAGUUCGUGGCCAACGUGACACGGGAGUUUGAGAUCUCUGACACGGACACACGGGUCGGAGCCGUGCAGUACACGUACGAGCAGAGGCUGGAGUUCGCCUUCGGUCAGUACAACCACAAGAUCGAGCUGCUCAACGCCAUCAAACGCAUCAACUACUGGAGCGGAGGGACCAGCACUGGCGCCGCCAUCACGUACGCAGCAGAGCAGCUGUUCAGCAAAUCCAAACCCAACAAACGCAAAAUCAUGAUCGUCAUCACAGACGGACGCUCCUACGAUGACGUCAGAGCUCCUGCACUGGCCGUGCAUCGCCAAGGUCAGAGGUCAAACACAACACAAUCUGAAAAACAGGACAGUUUGAGGCAGAUCAGUUUAGAUUGAGGUGUUAGAUGCACUUUUGUCUUGGUCACAUGUGAUGAAUCUACAUUAUUUACAGUGUGAUCAGGCUCUGCUGUCCACAGCGAGGUGUUAAACAGUGUGUUUGAUGUGACUAACACAUGUGAAGACCGUAUAUCUACAUGUGUGUGUGAUCCUCUCUCACCUCCUGUUCUCCAGGUGUGAUCGCCUACUCCAUCGGCAUCGCCUGGGCGGCUCAGGACGAGCUGGAGUACAUCGCCACCGACCCCGACAAAGAGCACUCUUUCUUCGUGGACGAGUUCGACAACCUCUACAAGUUUGUCCCCAAGAUCAUCCACAACAUCUGCCAGGAGUUCAACUCACAGCCCAGGAACUGAGGACAGACGGGGUCGGGGGGGCGGGUUAACGUCUUAACAGAACUCUGAUUGUAAAUUUGCUCACUCUGUCGCACAGAUGGCGGCGCUGGAUUGGCUGCAGCACCUUGUAUUUGAACAGGGAGGGGUUUGAAUUUAGGUGAGGACUGUGGGAUUGGACUAAACAAAUCUUAAAGUAAAACAGCAUUUGGUCCCAGAUUUACAGAUCGUACCGGGGUGAAAGGGUUUCUGGACACAGCGGCGUGUGAAACCUGCUGUGGGGCCGUUUAAUCUCAGAGCAAAAUAAUAUUCAAUAGUAAUAAACAAUAAGCAGAGCUUUACGAAGGGUCAACGAGCUCAAACUGAAGGCUUUAUUCAUGUUUAUGAAUUUAUAUAUGCUUCCAAGUCAAGGUAAAGUCAUUAUGUAGAAGUUUGAGCUGAGUAAACACUAUUUUUGAAGAUUUAAUUAAUCAAUCACUCUGGAGUAUCAGACCUUUAAGGGCCUGUGUCCACUGACAGCGCCGUUCUCCUGUUCGUUACCAAUUUACUGUGUUGUGUUCAGCACUCGGGCUGAAAUAGCUUAACUUUUGUGCUUGUCAGUGUCCUGUCUCCCUCACUGACCAAUCAGCAUCAAGAAAGGGAGGGACUUAUGAUUUCAACCUUAACAACAGGAGUGUUGGAGGAGAUUUUGCUGUGACUUCCAGACACAAUGGCGCCCCCUUAUGGUCCAAUGGAUAGGUGAAACAGGGAGGGAUGGGUCUCAGUUUGUAAGAGGGCCUUAAGAGACCUGAUGGAGGUGUGGUCCUGCUCAUGAAACUUUCCCAUAUAGCACCCUAAGUGGGAGACAAUCACAGCAACCCUGGAAGCACAUCGUAAGUGGUUAAAGCUGUACAGCUAAUGUGGCGCUCUGGCAUUGAGGUCAAAACGGUGUUAAUGGACACAGGCCCUUAAUGGGACUACACAUUACCUACUCUGCACAAAUGUAAAGAUCCCUGAUGAGUAAUGUAUAAACCUGAAUAAAGCCCUCACACUUUACAGCUCUAAGACCCUUCAUCGAGCCUGCUGUUGAAGAAAGUGGUGCCAAAGUAAAUAAACAUUAAGCUACUUUACCGGGACAUGGUGCCCGCAGAGAAAUGUAGAUUUAAAGCAUGCCUAGCACUUCCUUUUAUGGCUUAACAUCCAUUAACCUCGUACUAUGGUGCCUUAAAUACAGCUAUCUGUAAAGAGGAGGAACUUUCUUAGAAUCGGUGCAUUUGGAUCUCCCUAAUAGGAGAGAUUUUAUAGUUUGGGACGAUAUUAAAGUUCCCCACAGAGACAACAGCGCUGAUAUUGCUGUUAGCGUGUGCGGGAGGUAAAAUGGGGCUGAUGUGCAACCAAGUUGACGUAAAAAGCAACAACAAAGACGUGGAGCUUGAACAUCAGAAAUGUGUCCUCUCCGGCUUGUUGUACAACAUUUUGGUUGCUUCAAACAUCACAGGCAUUUUUUUAAAGAGUAUUUAUGAUUUCUCCCUGUCAUGUCCAGUUUGUACAUAUGCAUAUUAAAAAAGAAACUUUCGCUAAUAAUGUUCAGAUAUUUGAUCAAUAUUUUUUUGCAAUUUUUAAUAAAAUAAAGAAAAUGAAGACAA